UUAGUGGGUGUGGCUAAAUUACGACCAGUUGUACCAACCACAAUUACAAUAAAGCGUGACAUCACUUCUGUUUCAUCUUGAAGGAUAAUCCAGCCUUGACUUUUCUUCUUUUUAAUAAAUUCAAGAAUCGAUGCGCAAAAUAAUAAGAAAUCACAAACACGUUUUUUGUGUGUUGUUCUUCAGUCACGAGAUUGUGUGACGCAAUUGUGUCGACUUUCACUCAAAACGCAAAUACGAAUUUUAGUCAUUUAGCCACACCGACAAGAAGUGCAUCGACUGCAAACACCGGUGUUUGAAAAAAAUCAGCAUACAAUGAAAACGUUUUUGGCGCUGUUGACCUUGACGUCGGGCGUCUUAUCCGACGUCGCCCACUUGGUCCACCUCCAGCAAACCGAGCCCUCGACGCCGCCGCCGCCCCCAAAGCCUUAUGCUUUCGGUUACGCUGCCGGUCGUUUCCCUGGCCACAUCGAUCGGACGCAUUCGGAGGUUUCCGACGGCUCGGGGGUGGUCCAAGGCUCGUAUUCGUAUGUGGAUCCCCGGUUUAAAAUCCGCACUGUUGAGUACAUCGCCGAUAAAAACGGCUUCCACCCCGUUUUGAAUUACGCGCCGGAGCCGCUCCCGUCCGACACACCGGUGGUGGCGGCGGCCAAGCACCGCCAUCUCGUGCAGUUUGCCAACAUUGCGAAUGCGAGACAAGCCGCCCCCGGGGCGGUGGUCGUGCCCGUGGAUUCGGUGGCGGUGAGUCGCGCCAAGGAUAAGCAUUUCAAGCUGUAUCAGAAAAUCGCCGAGGAACAUGCCAGGUUGGCGGCGCUGCAGGAGGCGGAGGAGGCGAAGCAUGGCGGCACGGAAAAACCGAUUUAUUGAGAGUUUUAAUGAGAUUUUUUAUUACUUUAUAAAAUUGAUAAUAAAGCGAUUUGUAGCAA